UAAUAUCAAUAUAGCCUAGCCAGCUAACAUGCGCUAACUAGACUAGACCCAAUGCCCAUCACGACGAGACUGUGAACGAUAAACAAGGAAAUGUACUGACUAACAUGGACUUGAUCGCAAGCAGACGUCAAACAUAUCUGGUGUGAUGCUAGCUAGAGCGUAAUUUAGCGUCGACCUUUCUAAGCAAGCUAGCCAAACUUUAAGCUGUCAUAUUUAGUUUGGAUUCGGAAGUAAAUUGAUGUUCAGGCAUCUGCUUUAUCAACAACUAAAUCAGUUGGUAACUAUGGCUAGCUACUGUAUUGUAGCCUAGCUACAAGGCUCUGACGGUUAGCAGAACUUGGCUAGCGCUAGCUAUCAUAUCUGGUUGCAUGAAGAAGGUACGUCACUACUAUCCUAGUGAUACAUGCUAACUGACGUAACCGACAAACUAUAUAGCAGUAGCAAAGUGAAUUAGCCUAGCUGAAUACAACUAUCUAGCAGCGGGGUAGGAAACUGAGUUAGCUGACUAAAGCCCAGGAGUGGGGUAGUAUGGAUGCAGUUCCCUACAGCUGGACCAGAACCAGGGCCCAGGAAUCGUUCCGUGGCUCUCUGCCCACGGGGGGGACUCUGACCAGGCUUGCCCAGCUGGUGGCCCAGGCGGAGCACGACAGCUCCCUCUCCGCCUCCCGCACCAGUGCCGAAUGCAGCCAGGGCUUCCCUGACAUGGCAGAGCUGUGCCAGCACCAGCAGGAGGGCCACCCCCUGCCCAAGCCCCACCAGUGUGUGUCCUGCGGCAGGGGCUUUUCUCUGCUGUCGUCCCUACAGCUCCACAUCUGCCUGGAGGAACAGACAGGUCUCCCUCACUCCCCUCCCCCUAGCUCUGCUCUCCCUCACUCCCCUCCCCCUCUCCCCAUCUCCUCUCUCCUACAGUCUCCUGCCCCUGCCUCCGCCCCUGACUCCAAUACAGGUCCCCCUGACUCUCCUGACCCUGACUCCGAUGCAGGGCCCCCUGACUCUCCUGACCCUGACUCUCCUGACCCUGACUCUCCUGACCCUGACUCUCCUGACCCUGACUCUCCUGACCCUGACUCUCCUGCCUCGGUCCAGUGCCCCCACUGUGAAAGGAGUAUCCGCUCCUCGGCAGGCCUGUCUUCCCACCUGAGGAGCAACCAUGCCAGCGAGUGGAUCCUGGAGAAGAAGAGGAAGAGCAGGGGCCCUGGCGGGCGGGGGGGGCGAGGAGGCAGGAGGGGGAGGGGGAGGGGGGCAGGGAGGGGGGGCGGUAGGCUGCCAGGAGUCUCUCUGGACAGACAGAAGGUGCUGUCGUGCCGGUCGUGUGACAUGGUGUUUGUGAGCACAGCCAAGCUGUACCUGCACAGAAAGGAGAAGCACAGCCGGGAGCCAGCCCUACGCUGGGACGCACGGCCGCUGGCCAGCAAGCGCAGGAAGGGGGAGACCUACGCCUGUUCCACCUGUGGGAAGGUCUUCCUGCACCACCUCUCUCUUCGGGCUCAUGCCAAGCAGCACAGCAGCCAGGCCCAUGACAGCCCCAGGCUGGCAGAGAGGAAACCCGGCCCUUGUAGAGACCCCCCGCUGGGGGAGGGGAGGCGGAGGGGCCGAAGGCCAAGGGGCCGGAGGCCGGGCGGGAGCGGGGCAGGGAGGCCCAAGAGAGAGCAGGUCCGGGAGGAGGAAGAGGAGGAAGGAGAGUUCCCCUGCCCGUCGUGUGCGGAGGUGUUCUCCCAGAGGGCGUUGCUGCGGGAGCACGCGGAGCUCCACCAGGCGUCUGUGCGGCGCAGGUGCUGCUGUGUGUGCAGCCAGGACAUGGAGGUGUGCAGGGGCCCCGGGGCCCGCAGGCAAAGGCUGUACCACUGCAUGCCCUGUCAGCAGCCCUUCUGCUCCCUGGAUGCCUUCCUGCUGCACUGCCAGGUCCACCUGCUGGCCAGGGUGGAGGAGGAGGAGCACGCCACACCCACACACACACACCUCAACAAGGCCUGACUGGACACACACACACACCUCCACAAGGCCUGACUGGACACACACACCUCUACAAGGCCUGACUGGACACACACACCUCUACAAGGCCUGACUGGACACACACACACACCUCUACAAGGCCUGACUGGACACACACACACACCUCUACAAGGCCUGACUGGACACACACACACACCUCUACAAGGCCUGACUGGACACACACACAC